UCCAUGACGACAGAGACACAAGCUCCGUGUUUGACAGAUGUUCGUGUUCGGGAUCAGCCGCUUCAUUCAAAGCCGAGUACCGGAGGAGGGAGAACGGACUGUGUUUGGAUUACUCACCGGCAAAGGACUGAAACAUGUCGGGAGACAAGGCAACGAGCCCCUGUAACAAAUUCCAAGCCAACAUUUUUAACAAAAGUAAAUGUCAAAACUGCUUCAAGUCCCGAGAGCUGCAUCUGUUGACCGACCAUGACAUGGAGCAGGCAAAACCCAUCUAUGCAGGCUGGCUGUGUUUGGCUCCUGAGGGGACAGACUUUGACAAUCCGAUGCAGAGGUCAAGGAAAUGGCAGCGGCGCUUCUUUAUCCUGUACGAAGACGGCAGCCUGAGCUUCGCCCUGGACGAACUGCCGAGCACUUUGCCACAGGGGACGGUGAACAUGAAUCUGUGUGCAGACGUCACUGAUGCAGAGCCAAGGACAGGACAGAGAAAUGCACUCUGCAUCGCCACGCCGGAGCAGGAAAUAUUCAUUCGUGGUGACAAUAAAGAGAUCAUUAAUGGGUGGAGUGAACAGCUUGUGGUCUAUCUACAGACCAACAAGCAAAGUCAGAAGAAAAAACGCAAAGUGGAACCUAUUACCUCGCAGGAACCCAGUCCAGCAAAAAUGGCUGCAACUGAACAAAGUUUUCCAUCAUCUGAGAAUGCUGCAGAGUCCGGCUGUGGUCGGUGGCAGGAAGACCAGCAGGUCAGGGGACCGGGUAAAACCCCCAUGUGGACUGUCCCAGACUCCGAUCCCCCGGGCCCCCCGGAGAAGACCCCUGCAGGCAACACAUCUAGCUACCUGUGCCCGGUCCCUGCUGGCAGUUUAAGUGGCCCAGUUGGCUCCUUGGACUUGGUGAGAAGUGGAUGCAUCGCCCCCGGCAGUUACAACCAGCCGGCUGAGUCAAACAACAUCCAGACAUCAGCAAACAACAAGAAUCAGAGCCAGAAUAAAAGCCAUGGCAGAUCAACAGAGAGGAUGCUGGGAUCGGAGGCCACCGAGAAAGAGCAGGAAGUGGAGACAGCCGUUUCCAGAAGGGGCAGAAGAGAAGCUCGCACCAACAAGAGAGAGAAGCUCCAGUCAUGUGGAGACAUAGCCCAGCUCACUGCCCCCCCGCCGCAGAGAAGAGCCAGGUCUCUGGACCGUAGGACGUCCGACACCAUCAUGCCACCAGAUUUAUUAAACUUUAAAAAAGGCUGGAUGGUCAAAUUGGAUGAAAGUGAGCAGUGGAAGAAAUAUUGGUUUGUGUUGUCGACUUACAGCCUGAGGUACUACAAGGACUCAACCGCUGAGGAGGCUUCGGAUCUUGAAGGAGAUAUCGACCUGACAACGUGUCAUAAUGUGUCGGAGUAUCAGGUGCAGAGGAACUACGGCUUUCAGAUCCAUACCCUAGAGGGUGUCUACACAUUGUCGGCCAUGACUUCAGGGAUACGCAAGAACUGGAUCCAGGCUCUGAUGAAAAACGUCCGUCCAGCCAUCGCCCCUGAUGUAGCCAGUUUACCUGGCCUCCACGUUCCCUGCAGCCCACCUGAAGCUCUCCCCAAACCAGAUGUGACUCAAGACUCUCUCCCCGCCGACGUCUCCACAGAGCGAGACUCUCACCCCAAACACAAGAGUGUGAUGGAGAGACGGCGGGAGGGACGCCACAAAACCUUCGACUGGGCCGAGUUCAGGCCUCCGAACACACUGUCUCAGGAUCCUCAAAGGACUAAAGCUCUGUGCUCACUGGAGCUAGGCGACCUGGAGAGGAGGACGAGGAGGGAGGAGAGGAGGAGGAGGUACGAGAGCAUGCUGGGCUUCCCUCUGGGUUGGGAGGGGAUUGGAGUGAAAGAAGCAGAUGUCAGAGCACUGAGUCCCAAAUCACAGCAGAAAGUGGAAGAAGAGAUUGAAAAGUGUUGGAAGCAGGUGGAGAAGACGGUGUUCAAAUCGGAAAGAAGAGUCCCGCUGUUUACUGAAGCCAAAGACUCUGUGCAGAUUGAGAAGACGCUGGAGGGCUACAGGAAGGCGGUGGAGGAUCUAAAGGCUCAGCUGGCAGAGUCGGAGCGUUGCAGACUGGAGCUGGAGCCUCAGCUGAGUACAGCAGGAUUUUAUCAGCAGCAGCUGGACCAUCCUCUAACUUCUGAAGCUGAUUUCUGCCCAUCAAACACAAAUGAAAAGCCAUUAAACAGCAGCGCACAGACCCUGAGGGAUGCAUGCAAAGAAACUACAGAGCCCUGGGUCAACAUUAUCAGCAUGCAGCAGCAGCUCAGCUCGGAACCGCCUCAGACGCCCAGUAUUUGGCUGCAGGACUCAGAGGGCAACUUCCAAGAACUGGGGGAUUUACAUCCUAAAACAGAAGACACACCUUUAUUAUUAUCACCUGCAUCAGACAGCCAACAUUUAUUUCCUCAGAAUGACGGACAAGCUGUAGAUUUGGACGUUGCAACAAUUAACCACAAGAAUCGGCUGGACAGAGACGACUGUGACCAGGUUCCCAACUCAGAAACACAAAUAAAUAAUAGGGACUAUAGUUCAUUCAUUCUGGAGUUGCCUGCAGAGGGAGAUGCCGACCUGCCGAGCUACUGUGAGGAGCAGCAUUUACCUCCAGAACAGGAAAUGGUAAGGAGGCUUUCCCAAGAGGUGGAGCAGCUCACAAGCCAGAACGAGGCUUUGAACCAGCGCAACCAGGAGAUGCUAAACCAACUGACUGAGGCCGACCGCGAGAUAGAGAGGCUAAAAGAGGAGCUCAGCAGCAGGUACACUGAACCCCAUCACCUCCCUGAAGUGGAACAGCUGGCACAAACGAGGGUAGAACAUCUGGAGAGGGAGCUGAGCUCCAGAGAUCAGCAGCUCCUUGAGGCCAAGACCUUGAUCACCUCCCUGGAGGAGAACAUGAGGCAGAUGGAGGAGCUGAUGCAGAUGGAGGCGCUGCUGCAGCUGAACGUCACAACAGAAACAGAAGAAACAGAAGAGGAGGAUAAGGAAUACCUGCUCCAAUGUUCCAAAGCCACGCUGCCGGGGCUACAGAGACAGCUUGACCAAUCAGAACUGACCUACAGGAAGCUCGGGACGCAGACCGCAGAUCUGAAGGAGGAUGAGAAACGUUGCUGUCAACCAGCUGCAGAGGGGCAGGCUGCCCUCAGGGCGCUGAAUCAAGAGUUGGACAAGAGGAUGUUGGAAGAUGGAGAUUGCAACGGAUGUGUUUCUGGUGAAGAAAGGAUCCGACAAGUGAUAGACGGGAUGGUCCUGAGGUUGAAAGCUUUGGAGAAAUUGUUGGAGGUGAUUGACGGGUUGGAUUUUGGUUUGAGAAAGGAGGACGAGAGGAAGCCCACAGCGGAGAGUCAGUUGAAGUGGGAGGAAGAGUUUUGGAGUUUGCUGCUCAACAAACUGAAGGUCAAUCCCUCCGAGCUUAAUGAGGAGAAACAUGUAGAAUGGCUUCUUAGUGAGGUGACAGAACGUAUGUUGGUGGAGACACAAAUGUUGCUUUUAGGGCAUCGUUUACUUUCUGAGACAUGCGCAGAUGAAGGGAAGGAAGGUUUGAAAAACCUGGAUGUUGUUUGGAAUUUUGCAAGUGAGACUGAAACCAAAAAGACAGAUGAAAGAAGGACUUCUGAUUUGAAUCACCAGCUGUGUGGGAUGGAGCACUUCAGAGGCAUCACGCAGGUGAAAAUCUCUUCGCUGAACCAUCUCGCCUCCUCUCUCGACACCUCAGCCCACGACAAACUCCAGUGUAUGGCUGACUUUCACUUUUCUGAGCAUCCCAUGUCUGGUUUCAUUCACUUUGCCGCAACUGAAGCGUUGCACUGCUGUCAUUUUAGCAGGCUUCAGUCAAAAUACGAGAGGCAACUCGAGGAAGCCAAACAGAAGCUGCUCACUUCUUCUCUUGGCUGCUGCAAUUGUGUGGACCUGAUGGAAGAAAACCGGGAGCUGAGAGAAAGAUUGUCACUUGUAGAAGAACAGCAGUCGUCGUCAUUGGGCAGUAAGUUGAACACUUGUUGCCAGACAGAAGAGACUUACCCACAGGACACAGAUGUUGAGUUACAGGUAGCAGGUGAAAGUAUUGCAGGUGGAAUUGGUGAGGAAGCGGAGAUGGUUGAGUGCCUUGAAAUCGCACUGUCGUGUGUUGAAUGUCAGUCGGGGAUCCAGGAGAUAGCAAAUGAAAACGCUGAGAAAAGUAUGGCAUCCCACAAGGAAACAGAUCCUUUGGGCAUGGAGACGGAGCAAGUUGUAGUGCUGAGAAGAAGAGUGGAAGAGCUGGAAGAGCAGCUGGCCGUCAUGGCCGAGGAGGUGAAAGAAGAGCUUGAUGGGAAAAUGAGUUCUGUUCAGACGCAACAUGAGAAGGAGAUGGAAAAGCUGAAGGCCACGUGUGAGCACAGCUUCGCCUCCAUGGAGCAGUCUUACCUAAAGAUUGUGGAGGAGCUGCAGCGUCGACACCAACAGGAAGUUGAGCGUCUCCUGGAGGAGAGAGACAGACUGCUGGAGGAGGAGACCAUUGCUACGGCAACCGCAAUCAAAGCAGUCAAGAACGCUCACCAGCUGGAGCUGGAGAGGGAGGGGCAAAAGAGAUGUCAGUCAGAGAACAGCACAGGAAACACACACCUGCAGGACAUAUUCAGACAACACAGUGAGGAGCUGUGCUCGUACCAGCGGGAGCUCGAGGUUUUGUCCCAGCAGUUCUCUCUGAAGUGUUUGGAGAACGUACACCUUGUCCAGGCUCUGGAUGCUGAGAGGAAGGCUUUGUGUCAGUGUCAGCAGGAAAACCAAGACCUGAGGAACAGAAACCAGGAGUUGAGCGGUCACCUCGCAGCAGAGAUCACCAGACUUUGUUCUCUGGCGAAGCAGGACGCCCUGCCACACAGUCCGGGAAUGGAUGUGUAUGAAAUGGAGAUUACCCUGCGAGUGAAGGAGUCUGAGGUGCAGUGUCUGAAGCAGGAGAUCAAAUCUCUGAGGGACGACCUGCAGUCAGCGCUUCGGGACAAGAGGAACGCCACAAAGAAGUACAAAGACAUGUACACCGAGCUGAGCAUCACGAGGGCCAAAACAGAAAGAGAGAUUGACGAGCUGAGAGAGAACCUGAGGCUGGCCCGUCACACUCUGGACCUGACUUCACCCUGAAAUUGUCUAUUUUCACAAUAGCAGCAUUACAUUUGUCUUCACUGUAACAUGUAGUGUAUUUACUGUAGCUUUAUCCGCAAGAAAAGUAUUUAAAUCAAACACAAAGUAUUAUUUAAUAAAUCUAGGAACUCUUAUACACAAUCUCACUUCUAACUCCUUUUAAAUUUUUGGUUUUACAUAUGUUUAUAUUGUCUGUUUAUUGUGUAUUGACACUGAGUUUGUCAUUUACAGUAAUUUCUACUGCAAUAGUGCUGGUGAACUGCAAGUUCCUUUUUAAUAUUUCCCAAAUA